AUGCACCAUCGCCGCUCGACCGAAGCUCGAGGGGGCAGGCAACCUCCUCCCCUCUCCUCUUUCCUCUUCCGAUCCACCACCACCUUUGAGAAAAAUCCUCCUCCUCCUCCCACUCGAACAACUCUUUUCAACAUGCCUCCCAAGAAGACCGGAGCUGCGGGUGCCAAGAAGGGCAAGACGUCGGCGUACAACAAGUACAUGAAGGACCAGCUCGCCGUGCUCAAGACCGAGAAGCCCAGCCUGUCGCACAAGGAGCGCUUCAAGCUCGCCGCCACCUCCUGGGCCUCGUCCAAGGACAACCCCAAGAACAAGGCCUAG